AACGCACAUACGGUGCCGCGCUCGUAGCCAUCCCCACUGAUUACAUCUUCCUACACCUAACGAGAUGAGAUGAUCGUGUGUGGCAACGGACAGUCUCCGCAGUCAUUUCACAGUCCAGGAACGCAACGUAAUUAACGGACGGCCAUUCGGAACCAUGACUUCCUCCUAUGAAAGAAUCAAGGCGGAAUGCAAGCAGAAAAAUGUCCUCUGGGAAGACGAAGACUUUCCGGCGACUCAGUCAUCGGUAUUUUAUCAUCAAACCCCGCCUUUCACAUUCCAAUGGAAACGACCUCACGAAAUCACCCAGAAUCCGGUGUUCGUCAACGACUCCACGGCGCAGUUCGAUAUUGUGCCGGGCAAAAUGGGCGAUCGAUGGCUCGUUAGUUGUCUAGGUGUGCUCUAUCUAUCCAAAGGACUGUUCUAUCGGGUUGUGCCAGCGGAUCAGAACUUUGACAAGCCAUACUAUGGAAUGUUUCGCUUCCGACUGUGGUGGUGUGGUGAGUGGUUGGAAGUUCUAGUCGACGAUAGAUUACCAACAAUCAAUGGGAAGCUGGCUUUUCUGCAAGCUCAGAACUCGAACUCGUUCUGGCCGGGUCUGCUGGAAAAAGCCUAUGCCAAAUUACACGGGUCCUACGAAGCUUUAAAGUACGGUACACUGCUAGACGGUCUAGCGGAUCUCACCGGAGGCAUCACCGAAUCGAUAUCGAUCAAAACUGAGGGUAACAUCUUGAUUCGGCCCCCUCUACUUCACUCCCUACUAGAUACUACUAGCAUUGUGACAUGUACGGUUAACAAUGGGACUACAACGCAGAUUCGGAAUCAAACCGAAGCACUUCCCAACGGGAUACACGUUGGAAUUAACUAUCGGUUAUGUUCACUGGAUAAGGCUGAAACCAGCAUGGGCGAUACGGUUCAAUUGGUACGACUUCGAAAUCCCGUGGCUCAAACUCUCAAUAAAUCCGCCACGUUCAACGGAGAUUGGUCGUCCUUUUCGAGCUCGUGGGAACGCGUAACCAUGAACGAACGGAACCGUCUCAUAGAACAACUGGACGUUGGCGAGUUCUGGAUGUCGUUCUUCGAUAUGACACAAACAUUCAGCCACCUGGAAUGCGUACAUCUGGACUCGGACACAGCGAGAGACGAACCUCAACUGGCGGAUAAAAACCGACGCUGGCUGAUGCGUCUCUACCAGGGUGCAUGGAAGCGAGGCGUCACCGCAGGCGGUUGCCGUAAUAAUCCUGACUCGUUCCACAUAAACCCGCAGCUACAGCUCUUCCUAAGCGAAAAAGAGGAUGUGAUAAUCUCGGUCAACCAGCACAGCGUGUUGGAACCGAAAGUGAUCGGAUUUACCGUAUACAACCUCAACAACGUUCAAAACAUCAACGGUUGUCUCUCGAAGAACUUCUUUAAGAAACAUAAAAGUUUAGUCAAUUCACAGUAUACCAAUUCACGCCAGAUAAGUCACCGAUGUUCGAUAGAUCCCGGACGCUACCUGAUUAUGGCUACCACGUUCGAACCCGCCGAAGAAGCAUCGUUUAGCGUGCGUGUCUUGGGAUCUACGAUUCGGUUAUCACUGCUGGAAACGCAGACCAUGCUUCUGUUGGAUCCAUUUCCGCUUCUCAAUUCGAACGCGAAAAUAUCAAUGGACUCGGCUAAUAAUAAUAACGUGGCUGCGGCAACCAGCACUGCUCAGUACGAACCAGUAUUUAUGCAGUUGGCAGACGAUCAGAGGACACUGAAUUGCUUCGAUCUUCAAGAAUUGCUAGAAGCUUGUCUUCCCAACGAUUACAUUCGAAGCUGUGCCAGUUUGGAAGUUUGCCGACAAGUCGUCUGUCUGAUGGAUAAAACUAACCGAGGACGAAUCAAUUUCAACGAUUUCAAUAAAUUCAUGGUCAAUUUGAAGACCUGGUGGGGCGUGUUCAAAAUGCAUACCAAGGAGAAGUCAGGAAUUCUUCGAGCGGAACGAUUCCGCGAUGCUUUGUACGAUGUUGGCUUCCAACUGAGUACCGAUAUUUUGUCCAUUCUUAUACUAAGAUACAUGAGGAGAGAUGGUACACUGCGACUCUCGGACUUUAUAUCAGCCAUUCUCCACCUUACGAUGGCUUUUGAACUGUUCAAAGCUAAAGACACGAACCAAGAUGGCGUAAUCAGCAUGGGCAUGACUGAGUUUAUAAAAUCAGUCUUCAUGUGUUAAGCAGCUAAACACCGCGUGUAGAAAUACUCUAUACAUUAGAAACGAUGAACCUCCAAUGAACAGAAUGCAGCAGUAUUGCAGUUGACAACGCAGCAAACAUCGAAUACCGUUUUUAGCAGUAAGCCCUUAUACAUAUUUGUGUAAAAAAUCAAGUUUAAUUUGUUUUAAUCGAGACGAAAUGAACAAUUAGCUCAGUAAGUGUUCCCAGCUUGUGCAAACCGAUUUAGAAACAAAUUUGCUCAUUAACAUACGGAUAGUUGUUAUGUACACAAUUGAAAUGACAAAAUAAAAAAUAUUUUUUUUUUCAA